AAAGUUAGUUUGCAGAUUGGCCACAUGCGUUUUGACAGUUGUCCAACUGUCAGGCAAUGACGUUGAUCAACACCUAAAAUUUAACAAUUUAAAUUAAUAUUUUUGUAAAGUUAAACCAUGUCAGCCAUAUUCAAUUUCCAAAGCCUGUUAACCUGCAUUUUGUUGCUCAUUUGUACUUGUACGUACCUCAGAGGAAUCAUUCCCGGUGUAAUGGACAGGAAAAAGACUGGGAUUAUGGGAACGUUUUGGAAGUGUGCUAGGAUUGGCGAAAGAAAGUCCCCCUGGAUAGCAGCCAGUUGCCUACUGAUGGCCAUAUCGAUACUGUUCUUUAACUAACCUUUUUGUACAUAUAAUUUUUUAAUAAUAAAAAUACUUUUUUAGGAACUAACAGAAAAACUAAUUAAAAUUAAUAAAGUCUUUAAUAUAAAAGUACAGAUUUAUAAUAAAAGAAAUAGUGUACAGCUCUACUAUA